AUGCCGCUCUCCUCUCUUCUCCGCACUUCGUCCCGCCUGGGGCCGCCAGUAGUUCGAAGGUUCAGAAGAGCGGCCUCCACCGUGUCCGCCACGACGCCCAAGGCUGAAAGAUCACUGGACUCUAUUCUAAUCGCAAAUAGAGGAGAAAUUGCGCUUCGCGUUGGACGGACCGCUGCUCAACACGGAAUCCGAGUAACGACACUCUACACGGAUCCGGAUAGCAAGGCUCAGCAUGCGUUGAGCUCGCCAUUUGCCUUCAACUUGGGAUCCGUUUCCGCUUACCUCGACGGAGAUCGAAUUAUUGAGAUUGCCAAGAAGGAAGGUUGCCAAGGGAUACACCCCGGUUACGGCUUCCUUAGCGAGAAUGCAGCAUUUGCGCGGAAAUGUACGGAAGCUGGAUUGGUCUUCAUUGGACCUUUUUGGAAGGCUAUCGAAGACAUGGGUGACAAGAGUCAAUCUAAGAAGAUCAUGACCGCUGCUGGAGUGCCGUGUGUACCCGGUUAUCAUGGUGACAACCAGGAUGUCAAUUUCCUCGAAGCCGAGGCCGACAAGAUCAAGUACCCCGUGCUGAUCAAGGCAAUCAAGGGUGGCGGUGGCAAAGGAAUGCGCAUCGCUCAUACCAAAGCCGACUUUCAGGCACAGCUGCAGUCUGCCAAAUCGGAGGCUAUGAAUUCAUUCGGGGAUGAUCACGUACUGGUGGAGAAGUACAUUACGACACCCCGGCACAUUGAAGUGCAAGUCUUUGCAGACAAGCAAGGAAACGCUGUUGCUUUGGGAGAGCGAGACUGUAGUAUACAAAGAAGACACCAGAAGAUCCUUGAGGAGUCGCCUGCUCCGCACCUUCCCGAUGCAACAAGAAAAGAUAUCUGGGCAAAAGCUCGAUCUGCCGCGUUGGCUGUUGGCUACGAGGGUGCUGGUACCGUGGAGUUCAUCUUCGACAAUGAUACUGGCGAGUUCUUUUUCAUGGAGAUGAACACUAGACUCCAGGUGGAGCAUCCCGUCACCGAAAUGGUUACCGGUCAGGAUCUUGUGCACUGGCAGCUUAAGAUCGCGGAAGGCGCCCCACUUCCCUUGACCCAGGAAGAUGUGGAGGCUUUCAUGGCUACCCGCGGCCAUGCUAUCGAAGCUAGGAUUUACGCUGAGAACCCUGACCAGGGAUUCAUUCCAGACUCCGGCACUUUGCUCCAUGUCCGUACUCCCGCCGCUACUGAUGAUGUGAGGAUAGACGCCGGGUUCGUCGCAGGCGACGAUGUCUCGGCACAUUAUGAUCCCAUGAUUGCAAAAUUGAUUGUGCGGGGCAACACUCGUGAAGAGGCGAUCCGCAAACUUGCGAAUGCGUUGGAGGAGUAUGAAGUGGCGGGUCCAAUCACGAACAUUGAGUUUCUGAAAACUGUCUGCAGAAGUCCUGAUUUUAUUAGCGGGAAUGUGGAGACCGGCUACAUUGAGAAACAUCGCGAGGAGCUAUUCACACGGAAGGCGAUUGAGCCGGAGGUAUUGGCCCAGGUGGCUCUGGCUUGUCUUCACCACGAUUCAAAUCCGGGAAGUGGAACGCAAGCCAGCUUUGAAGGCUCUGCCGUAGGCUUUGGCCCAGGAUACCAGGCACGACAGAUCUCGCUUGCCGAGCUAACACCAGGGACAAAGGGCGACGCCAAAUUUGACGUUAGGGUGCAACAGACGGGUGACGACACAUUCAAUGUUGAUGUUGGAGGACGUUUAUUCGAGCAAGUUGUAAGCCAUCGGGACCCGGAUUCGAAGAUUGUCACCUCAUUCUUCCCUCACACACGCCUGGACACGACGGUGAUCCGCGAUGAGGACACGAUCAUCGCUUUUCAGCGGGGAACCCAAUACCGGUUGACGAUCCCACGCGCCAAGUGGAUGGAGAAGGCGUUGGGAAUGAAGGAUGUCACGAACAGCGUUCUCGCACCGAUGCCGUGCAAGGUGCUGCGUGUGGAGGUAGAGACAGGCGAUGUGGUAGAAAAGGAUCAGCCACUGGUGGUGAUUGAGAGUAUGAAGAUGGAAACAGUCAUUCGCAGCCCACAGAGGGGCACCAUCUCCAAGGUGGUACAUAAAGCAGGAGACCAAUGUAAAAGCGGGACACCGCUGGUUGAAUUCGAAGAGGGCGGUGAGUAA